GGGAAUCCUGUUCAAUGUUCGCAUCGCAGUCGAAUGUGGCGGCGAAUCCUUUCGAGAAUUUCAGCCUGAGGAGCGGUAUGUUUUGGAUCUUUCCACUUUCUGCGCCCUUCGCCUGUCUUCUGGAGAAAAGAAUUUCAAUCCUUCCCAGCUAAUCAAACCCAGUCAUGCAAUCAAGCCACAUGAAUGAUUGGUAGGCGGGCGGCAACUUGGAGUCCGCCCCGUUAUCAUCCAUUGGGGUCCAACUUCAUGUCUCAAUUCGGCAUUGUAAAUUGCUCAGCCAGAGAAUGUCUGCUGGCCAUAUCUGGAAAGGCAAUUGAAGGCAAUCCGAGAGGUGAUCUUUACGCCUCAUAAGUCGCCAUUGUGACGAAUUGGGUAAAAACUGUGCGGCUCCUCCGCGAUUGGGACUCAGCAUAAAAGCUUAUAAAAUGCCAAACAAAUCAUCCGUCCAAUGUUCAGUCAAUCGGAAAAGUACCAGCUUUUGAUGCUUUACCACAUCAAUUAAUUGCUAGAACAAGCAAAAGACUAUUGAGGCGGCUAUCAAAAACAUGACAGGUAACACGCAUGCGAAGCGAAAUGUGACGUUUCUUGACGCUAACCUUCAUAGAUUAUCCGAAGAACAUUGAUUCAAACGGCUUCCUCUCCCCUCCCAUCAAAACCAGAGCUACAAAUACAAAACUUGGACGAUCUGGAUCUGUCCCUACCUCCGAACGAUCUGCGAGGUCCAGCCUGUCUAGAGUCACACACGUUGAGGAGGAUGCUCAAAUCGCCCCUUAUGAAGAUUCUUCUAACAUAACACCGUCAAAUUAUACUUGUUUAGAUCAUAUACUGGCAAUUGUUCGAAUCGUUUUCUGUGUUCCAAUGCCGAAGAAAAUGGAAAAUAGCUCUCCAGGACCCGUCAAGGGCGUGUCGUUCGAUGCAAGUAACGGAUAUUUUCUCUGCACCAAAGCUCUACUAAUGAACAUGAUAGAUGGAGAGUUCUCCGUGGGUACUCCCGGUACAUGUUGUAUCGACACGUAGAGAUACGGACAAACAUCCAGUGAUCAAGCGUGCAAAAUGCACCAUCGAUACCGGUAACAUGCAGGGCAACAUCGUCUCGAGGGAAUUCGUUGAGAAAGUUCUGCAGUAUUCGGAAGCGAACUUUGUCUCUUUGACAGCGGCAGAAAAGGAAGGCGGCUUCGGAGUGACAGGGCAUAAACUCGUAAGUUUCGAAACUCUUCUCUUGUUGUGGUACCAAAGAAAGGAAACGAUAGAUAUCGAUUCGACUCAUUCGCUGAGAGUUGAACUAAUCGGUUCUGAUCCAGGUGCCAGAAGGAGCCAUCUACUUAACCUGGUAUUACGAUAAAAGUACACGGGUCUUCCAUAACAUGAGGUUUCUCGUCUCACCAUAUUCACAAUGCGAUCUUAUAAUCGGAGCUCGAUCGAUACAAAAGGACAAUUUACUCGGCGUUCCAAACCUUAUGGCAACAACAAACAGCAGGGUAGCACACACAACAGAUCAAAUAGGUAAGUCUCCCUGAAUGCGGAGCAAGUUAUGGCAAAAUAGCUAAACAAUUGCAGAUGAAGAAGAAGAGCGCCUACAAAAUAUAUAUCUCAAGCUAAAGUGUGAAUUCGAAGAGAUGGAGCUCGGCCUAUUGGGCACGACCGAGGACACAAAUAACACCAAAAAAUUGAAGGAUUGCGCAAAUGCACGCGAUAUCGCCCAUAAAUACUAUCUCAUCCGCAAUGCAGAGGUGGCUAAUAAUCCAAAAUUAGUAGCCCAACUAAAGGAAGACCUUGAGAAGCUACCAGGGUAUGAGACUUAUCUAGUCCCGUCCAAGUCAGAUACAACUUCAUCUGGCACGGCACAGCAAAAUGGAUCGAUUCCCAUUCAACGCACAGUCAAGAAGGCAGUUGAGCAGUCUUCACCUACAAAAUGAAUGUUCUAGGGUAAAUUGGUCAAGGAACACGAGCUGUCCGUUGAGCUUUUGUAUUGGGGUUGAAUAAAGUAGAUUCGGAAAUUCAAAGGAUACGGGUGGUACCUUUCGUUAUUUGACGGAGCUGGACAACAGAAAAUGGAAGAGGUGGCAGAUCUCGUUUCGGAUAGACUUUGAAUGAGCGAUCAGGCAGGAAUCGAACAGGCAAGGAGUUUGCGCUGUUUUAUGA